AUGGCGACCGUUAAUACCAAGACCGGUCAGGUCGUCGACCGCACGGUCUUGGAGUCGAUGCUCCGCCGCCGUCUUUUUUACACCCCCUCCUUCGAGAUCUAUGGAGGGGUAUCUGGUCUAUAUGACUACGGCCCACCUGGUUGUGCUCUUAUAAAUAAUAUUGUCGAUUUGUGGCGGAAGCAUUUCGUGCUCGAGGAGGACAUGCUGGAGGUUGACUGCACUAUGCUGACCCCGCACGAGAUUCUUAAAACUAGCGGACACGUCGAGAAAUUUGCCGACUGGAUGUGCAAGGACCCCAAAACCGGCGAGAUCUUUCGUGCGGAUCACCUAGUAGAAGAAGUUCUUGAGGCUCGCUUGAAAGGCGACAAGGAAGCGCGUGGCCAGAAGGUUGUCGUGGACGAAGAGAAGGAGGCCAAGAAGAAGAAAAAGGCUAAGGAGACCAAGGCUGUCCGAUUAGACGAUGCUGUUGUCAAGGAGUAUGAGGAAACUUUAGCGCAAAUUGACAACUACGACGGCCCGGAGCUGGAACAAAUCAUCACCAAGUACGAUAUCAGAAAUCCGACGACCGAUGGCAAUCUUCUUCCUCCCGUUGCGUUCAACCUAAUGUUCCAGACUUCAAUCGGUCCUAGCAGCAAUAUGCCUGGCUACCUCCGUCCUGAAACCGCUCAGGGACAGUUCCUGAAUUUCCAGAAGCUGUUGGACUUCAACCAGCAGUCAAUGCCCUUCGCGUCGGCCUCCAUUGGCAAGUCGUUCCGGAACGAGAUCUCGCCCCGUGCCGGCCUGCUGCGAGUGCGCGAGUUCCUCAUGGCCGAGAUUGAACACUACGUAGACCCGGAGGGCGGCAAAAAGCAUUCUCGCUUUGAAGAAAUGAAAGAUAUAGAACUUUCCUUGCUUAGCCGUGAUGUGCAGCUGUCUGGAAGCACACAAACCACGAAGAUGACCAUCGGCAAAGCUAUUGAAUCCGGUCUGGUUGACAACGAAACUCUUGGUUACUUCCUUGCCCGCAUUCAGCUCUUCCUCCUCAAGUUGGGUGUGGACCCAGCGAAGCUCCGAUUCCGUCAACACAUGGCUAAUGAAAUGGCUCACUACGCUGCUGACUGCUGGGAUGCUGAGCUGCAGACCAGCUAUGGAUGGAUUGAAUGUGUUGGUUGCGCCGACCGCAGUGCUUAUGACUUAACUGUGCACAAGAACAAGACCGGAGCUCCUCUUGUUGUCCGUGAGCCUCGCGCCGAACCCCUCAAAAUUGAAGAAUGGCAGGUCGACUUAGACAAGAAGAAGUUCGGCCCUCGCUUCAAGAAGGACGGCAAGACUGUUGCAGCCGCUGUCGAGGCUCUCUCCCAGGAACUCCGGGAGAAGUUGGCUCUCGAUCUGGAGCAGCAAGGCAAGAUCGAGGUGGAUGUGGAGGGCGUCAGCUCAGGCAAAGUUGAGCUCGAUAAGGAAUUGAUCAAGAUCGAGAAGCGGACAAGGGUAGAGAAUGUCCGUGAAUACACGCCCAACGUCAUUGAGCCAUCGUUUGGCAUUGGCCGCAUCCUGUACAGUACCCUCGAACACGUGUACUGGUCCCGAGAGGGAGACGAAGCGCGUGGUGUCUUGUCCUUCCCUCCAGCAAUUGCUCCUACCAAGGUUCUCAUUGUCCCUCUCUCGAACCAUGCCUCUUUCCGUCCUCUGUCACAUCGUCUGAUGAUGAAGAUGCGGCGCAUGGGCAUCUCCAACCGGGUUGACGAUUCCUCGGCUAGCAUUGGAAAGCGGUACGCACGCAAUGACGAACUUGGCACGCCGUUUGGUAUCACUGUUGAUUUCCAGUCGGUGAAAGACAACACUUUCACCCUGCGUGAUCGUGACUCAACUAAGCAAGUCCGUGCUAGCGAGGAUGAGAUUUUGCAGGCUCUCAAGUCCUUGGUGGAAGGCGAUGAGACAUGGGAAGACAUUCGCAAGCGACUGCCUGAGUUCACUGGACAAGAAGUUGAUUAG